AUGUCGGGAGACUACGAGAUUCCCGUGUUUAAGCGUAAGUGGGUUCAACUUAUUGAAGAAUUUGGUCUUGAGGAUAAGUCGUGGGUGAACAACAUGUAUGAAGAGAAGCAUAUGUGGGCUAAUGCAUAUAUAAGAUGUAAGUUUUUUGCUGGCUUUAGAACUACCUCAAGAUGUAAAGGUUUACAUUCAGCUGUGGCAAGGUAUGUGGAGUCGCAAUAUGAUUUGACAAAUUUUGUAGAGAUUUUUCAAAGGUGUGUUGCACACUUGCGCUUUAAAGAAUUUAAUGCUGAUUAUGAAUCUACACGUGGGGUGCCCGUCAUGCAGACUUGUAUAGAGCUGCUAGAGAGAUUUGCUGCUAAAGUAUACACUCAUAAGAUAUUUCUUUUCACCCAUUUCUUUCUAGAGCUGGAUCAAUGCGGGUGGUAA